AUGUUUGCUGUUGCUUUUUUACUCUUGUCUUUGAUGACUUGUCAGCCUGGGGUAGCCAUACAGGAGAAGGUGAACUGGAGAGUCAGUCGGGCUGUUCAGAGUUCUACUCCCACAGCUGUUUCCUGCCAGCUGGGCAACUGGGGAGAGUGGACAGAUUGCUUUCCAUGCCAGGAGAAAAAGUACAGAUACCGGAGCCUCCUGCAGCCUAACAAGUUCGGGGGAACCAUCUGCAGUGGGACUGUCUGGGACCAAGCCAGCUGUCACAGUCCCACAGCUUGUGUGAAGCAAGCACAGUGUGGACAGGAUUUCCAGUGUAAGGAGACAGGUCGCUGCCUGAAACGCCACCUGGUGUGUAAUGGAGAAAAUGACUGCCUGGAUGGCUCUGAUGAGGACAACUGUGAAGACAUCAGGGUCUUGGAAGAUGACUGCAGCCAGUAUGACCCGAUUCCAGGAUCAGAGAGGGUGGCCUCGGGGUAUAAUGUCCUGACCCAGAAAGAAACUCAGAGCGUAUAUGAUGUCAGGUAUUAUGGGGGCCAGUGUGAGACCGUAUACAACGGGGAAUGGAGAGAGCUUCGGUACGACCCCACCUGUGAGCGUCUCUACUAUGGAGAUGAUGAGAAGUACUUCCGGAAACCCUACAAUUUCCUGAAGUACCACUUUGAGGCCCUGGCAGAUACUACAGUCUCCUCAGAGUCCUACGAUGAUGCAAAUGACCUUUAUUCUAAAGUGAAAAAUGACAAGUUUGUGUCGGCUGGAGUGACCAUUGGUGUGGGCCCUGUAGGCAGCCCAUUUACUGUGACUGCAGGUGUAUCUGGGUCACGAGGCAGUUCGGUCUUGAAUAUGUUAAGCAAGUAUAAUCAGAAGAAAUAUACCUUCAUGAGAAUUUUCACAAAGGUGCAGACUGCUCAUUUUAAGAUGAGGAGGGAGAAUAUCAUGUUGGAUGAAGUUAUGCUGCAGUCAUUACUGGAACUUCCAGAGCAGUACCAUUACGGCAUGUACGCCAAGUUCAUCGAUGACUACGGCACCCAUUACAUAACGUCUGGAACGAUGGGUGGCAUUUAUGAAUAUAUCCUGGUGCUUAACAAAGAAAGAAUGGACAUAGUUGGUGUUUCCAUCAAUGAUAUCAAGACAUGCUUUGGAGGCUCUUUUGGCAUCGACUAUGAGUACACAGAUACAACACAAAUUGGAGGACGUUUAUCAGGAGAAGAUUGUAAAAAAUUUGGAGGUGGCAAAAAAGACGAUUACAACAAGACAGUGGGUGUGGAAGACAUCAUUCCUCUGGUGCAAGGUGGCAGCCCUGGCUGGGCAGGUGGCUUGACACAAGACAGGAGCAUCAUUACAUAUCGUUCCUGGGGGAGGUCGUUAAAGUAUAACCCUGUUGUUAUUGAUUUUGAGUUGCAGCCCAUCCAUGAGAUACUGCGGCACACGAACCUGGGGCCUCUGGAGACCAAGCGUCAGAACCUGCGGCGAGCCUUGGACCAGUACCUGAUGGAAUUCAAUGCCUGCCGCUGUGGGCCCUGCUUCAACAACGGGAAGCCCAUCCUCGAUGGUACCAGCUGCACAUGUCAGUGCCCCCUGGGUCGCCAGGGCCUUGCCUGUGAGCAAAUGGAGUCAGAGGGAGAAAAGGCGGAUGGUCACUGGGGCUGCUGGAGCUCAUGGUCUGCUUGCAAAUCGGGCACCCGGGAAAGGAGGAGAGAGUGUAACAAUCCUGCACCCCAGAACGGAGGUACCUCGUGUCCGGGCCACAGAGUGCAAACCCAGGCAUGCUGA